UCGCUUGCGGCUUGCCUUUUCCCCCUCUGCCCAGACUUGACACCGUUGGCUGUACGGAGUACCUCGAAGAGUUCUUCUGUCCAAGGAAGCAUGGAAUCAACUCCUGUGCUUUGGGUUGUUAUCUUCAUUGCCGCUGCUCCCUCCCCCCUCUCUCCCCACCUCUCGUUCGUUUUUCCUUCCACGCAUGUUGUCUCGCGAGAGUUGAGCCGAUGGGUAUGCGAAGAAAGCAGCGCCAUGGGGGCGUGUGGGCCAGUAUAUCGAGCCAUCCUCGUCUCAAAUCCGAGCUGCUUGCGACCCUCCCGACCAAGGCCGCCUGGCUCUUGUCUACCUACUUGCCGGCCUGCCUGGCCGUUUUGUGAUGAUAGUCGCGGCGUAGGCUUUGAUGACGGAUGGGGCGCAAGGAACGCCCCUGUACAGUACAGUUACGGUACGACACGGUACAAGGCAAGGCAAGGCAAGGGAGUGAGGGCAUUCGGAGGAAUGCCGGGCUGAGCCGACGUUCAGACGUUCAGCUUCCGGUCGCCUGGCUUGACGGGCUUGAAGUAGCUUUGCGAGCCGGAAGGGGGCGGAGGGGCAAGAGGAAAUGUAUCUGUAUUACACAGCAUGACGGAACACGCGGUAUUUUUCCGACAAGUGACAGAAUUCAAAUGGAACGCAUCGAUCAAACCAGG